CCGACAGCAGAAUCAAGCCGCCUCUCGGAGCUCCACACCCGGACACUCCGCCAGGAAACCCCGCUCCAGCCUCGGCACAGGGCGGACCGGAUCGGCCGCCUCAGGAUGUGGAUCUGGUAUUUUCUGCUGGGUUCGGGCUCGGUCGAUUGUCAGGUAUCUCCUGGAGGAAACUCUUCAUGGCACUGCAGUGCUCCGGGCAGCUUCAUGUGUGCGGAUGGAGAGUGUGUUCCAGCCGCAGGACAGUGUGACGGGUAUCCGGACUGUGCUGACCGCAGUGACGAGCGCGGGUGCUUGAAGCUGAAGUCUAAGUGUGCGUCCACCUUCUUCUCCUGUGCUAACGGCGUUCACUGCAUCAUCGGCCGCUUCCAGUGCAACGGCUUCAGAGACUGUCCGGACGGCAGCGACGAGGACAACUGCACUGCACACCCGCUGCUGUGUUCAUCGCUGCGCUUCCACUGCGCCAACGGCCGAUGUGUGGACCGCAGCUUUCUGUGCAACGGUCAGGACAACUGUCAAGACAACAGCGAUGAGGAAAACUGCCUCACGACCGCAGAGUCUCCGGAACACAUGUUGGGCACUCUGGACUAUCGUCUGCGCUAUUACCCCAGCAUCACAUACGCAGUGAUCGGCAGCGCCAUCAUCUUUGUGCUGGUGGUGGCGCUGUUGGCUCUGGUGCUGCACCAUCAGAGGAAGCGCAGCGUCCUGCUGCCCCAGAGGGUGUACCGCGGCUCCUGCCACCAACCCCUGCUGCUCUCCCGGCUGCUGAUAGUGGAGCGAGGACACCUUCUCCACCCGUCCCGCUGUCCUGGAGCUCCAGCAGACCUGCCUCCGUCAUACUCGCAGGCCGUACGGGACUCUGGUCGACCCGUGUGGUUUGACCUCCCGCCUCCGCCCUACCCUCCACCCGACAGAGAACCGCCUGGAUAUGAGGAACCAGAGGAACCUGCAGAAGCUCAAACACAGACCAGCGUUACCAGUGUAGAGGAGACUCCACCAGCACCUCCAUCACCAGCACUUCCAUCAUCAUCAUCACCUCCAGCACCAGUGUGAAGGACUCCAUGAUGAAGAACUCUUAUGGAGGAGGGAGGACACAUGAGCACUGCAGACACACAGACAGAACCAAUGUCUGAGAAUGAUGGAGGACUGAUGUAGACUUCCUCCAGGACUCGAGCAUUAUGAGGAUCUCCAUCCAGCUGUUGAAGUUUAGUGUCUGAUGGAGAGUGUCUGAUGAAUAUGGGUCGAUCACACCGAAUGCUCUUUUCUGUUCUGAAAACCGCACUGCCUUUGUCGACAAGAAAAAAAGAAGUGCUCUGCGCUUUUUAUGUUGCUAGGCGACCACUGAAUCAGCUGUGCAUUGUGCUGUUAUUGUUAUAGUAUUUCCUGCAGGCACAGGAUGUCAACAUGACGUCAUAUUGACAUUGUACACCAACGUACCCCAAGGGAUGUUGGGUUUGGUUUGGAAAUGAAAAUCGGGUUGAUGUCAGAACCAACAUCAGGCUGACGUCAAUGUCCAACCUAAAAUCAACCAAAUAUCAAUGUCUACACAUCAUGUUACACCUAGGACGUUACCACUAUGACGUCUGUCAGAUGUUAAAUUUUAGUCACUUUCCAACACAACCUAAAAUCAACCAAAUAUCAACGUAAUUUGCUGUCGUUAUUGGACGUCAAAAUAACGUUGUCCUCAGACGCGGCAAGACAUUGAA